CAAAUUAAUCUGAGGACGAAACUGAAUUUUCUAGGUCUUAAAUGGCUUCGCUGAGGUUCUGGCUCUGCCUUGUGAUGUUUCUACUGGUGGUCUCGCGCAACGAAGCGAGGACCCCCAAGGCAUUGCCGAACGAUGGAGGCAGCGCAAUGAUGGAGAGCGCGAAACAAGUCUUGAAGGGUUUCAUGCAGAAGAAAGAGGAGACGGACUCGAAGCGGGUCGCGCCCGGAGGGCCUGAUCCGCACCAUCACUGAACCUGGUUUAGGAUGUUCCUCUCCGGAAGAAAAGGA